GGGGCGGAAGGAGGAGUUGUAGAGAGGGGAGAGGUAGAUAGAUAGAGAGAGCGUGUGUUUAUGUCUCAGUGUGUGACAAAUAAGAGGGAAAAGGUAGCGCUGGGGCACACAACAAAGCGCCCGGGUGACUCACGCAUAUAGAGUGCAGAGAUCCGGAGGAGCAGUCCACUCCCAGGGAUGACAGCACGGCAGAGGAUCUACUUUCAAUUCACUCCGUCUUUGAACUGAAAGUUUUGCGCAUCGCCGAGGGGAGGACAUCCGCCGCCAAGUUUUCGCCAAAUAAACGCGUUCGCCUGCACAAUGCAGAGACCAGGCGGCCAAGGGACGGCGUUUUCAAUCGACUCCCUGAUAGGGACCCCUCAGCCCCGACCGGGACACCUGCUCUACACGGGCUACCCUAUGUUCAUGCCGUACAGACCUUUGGUUAUCCCGCAAGCUUUAUCCCACUCGCCUUUAUCGUCUGGUAUACCUCCACUCGCGCCGCUGGCUUCUUUUGCGGGACGGCUCACCAACACGUUCUGUGCCAGUUUGGGACAGGGGGUGCCAUCCAUGGUGGCGCUCACCACGACGAUGCCAAGUUUCUCGGAUCCCCCGGACAGUUUCUACCCACCGCAAGAGCUCCCUGGCCCCCGUUUGAGCGCGGCAGACCCGGGGGCGAGGAGACAGGAAAGUCCGCACUCCGACGAGCUGCACAGCCGAGACAAGGGUUCGGAGCUGCUCAACUUCGCGGAAACUUUCCAAACAAUAUCAGGUGAGACCAAACUGUACAGCUCGGACGACGAGAAGCUGGACCUCAAAUCCGCAGACACCGUCUGCAGCGACCGGGAGGACAGCUCCGCAGACAGCGAGAACGAAAGUUUCUCGGACGGGAACAACUGUGGCCCCCUGUCCCAGAAGAGCAAACUAAAAACCGGCUCACAGGAGGCGCUACCCACCGGCAGCUCUGCGGGGAAGAGCAGGAGGAGACGAACAGCUUUCACCAGCGAGCAGCUGCUCGAACUGGAAAAGGAGUUUCACUGUAAAAAAUACCUUUCCUUGACUGAACGCUCGCAGAUCGCGCACGCACUUAAACUGAGCGAGGUGCAGGUGAAGAUCUGGUUUCAGAACCGCAGGGCCAAAUGGAAACGGAUCAAGGCCGGCAACGUCAACAACCGGUCGGGAGAACCGGUGAGAAAUCCCAAAAUCGUGGUGCCCAUCCCGGUGCACGUCAACAGGUUCGCUGUGAGGAGUCAGCAUCAACAAAUAGAGCAAGGGACCAGGCCAUGAACUCAGAAGAAGAGUGAAAAAAACAAACAAACAAAAAAAUUACUGCUAAUAAAAACACUUACAUUGACUCUACUGAUUUGUUGAACGCAUGAAGCACAAAAAGGAGGAUUCAGUUAUUUUGUCUGAGAGGUGAGACCGAGCAGAGAAGAGGAUUUCUCUCACAGACAGAUUAAUUAUUUGGCAAUAUGCUGUCAUUUUUAUUUAUUGUUGUGUGAAUAUGUAAAUAUAAAUCGGUUAAAAAAAAAGAAAAGAAAAGAAAAAAUGGUACAAAUGGGCACUAUGAGAUGCGACUGUAAAGAUUUUUUUUAACUAUUUAUAUGUGGGGCCAAAACGUUCUGUUGGUUAUGUGCAUGUCCUCAUUUGGUGAAGCUAUCCUGGAUUUUUUUGUUUUUGUUUAUUUGUUUUUGUGUUUCGUACAAUUUGUUGACCACAUUUGCAUGUAACUUAAGACGUUUUACAUUUAUUUUUUUGUUUGAUUGAGAACCACCUUUGACAGCUAUUUGUGGAGAAAAGAAGAAAAAAAACGAUGUGAAGGAAAUAACAACCAAACAAGGGACAAGUGUAAAGUAUAUUGACCUAAUAAAUCGCUUUAUACGAAA